AUGCGGCGCCAUAUUUCUAAGGAGCAGAAGAUACUAGCGUACAAAUUGUCUUGCAUUCAUGGCCUCUUGGACAGACAUGUUAGCAGUUACCUAGGAAUCAGUCAACGGACCAUCAGGUGCAUCCAGAAGACCUUUUGGGACACUGGUGAAGUGGACACCAACCAGCUUGUCAAGGAUGGCCUCAUGCCCUUGAUGGCUUGGAAGCAAGUAUAA